AUGGGUUCACCGUUGAUCUCGAAUAUUGGUUCAUCGCUGUAUACAGCGCCGACUACGAUACCGUUUGGGACUAGAGGAUAUACCUUCAGGCUGAGGGGUCGACUCUUUUAUAAGAGGGUGCCCAAGUUUGUCCCCAGAAGGAGUUGGAAUGUCCGAUCGAAAUGGCUUGAGGGAAAUCCUUUUAAAAAAGGCAUUUGCGUGAAAGUGACAGUUAAAUCUCCGAGGAAACCACAUUCGGGGCUGAGGAAGGUGGCAAGAGUUCGGCUCAGCAAUAAAAGGGUCGUCUUAGCGUUCAUCCCUGGUAUCGGCCACAAUCUGCAAGUGCAUAGUGUGGUGCUGGUCAGAGGUGGUCGGGCUAAUGAUAUACCAGGGUGUAAUUAUAAGAUAGUACGAGGCAAGUUUGACUGCUUACCAGUGAAGGAUCGUCGCUCGCGGCGUUCAAAGUAUGGCGUCAAGAAGCAUCCUAUAAGAACCUGGAGAAUGCGAAUGCGACAGUUGUAUACGCCUUAUGACAGGAAGAAGCAUUUCUACAGCACAGGGGAACUCAUUCCCGGCAGUGCUCCUAUACCCCCGCCCCCUGUUCUGCGGCGGAAGAAACGGGCGUGGUUGGCCGGCUGA